CCUCCCUUCUCCUCUCAUGCCGCCGUCCUCCCAACAUUUUCGAUCCCAAUAACAGUCCGAUACGAAGUCAUUCUCUCUAUUGCUUUCAUUGUCAUGGUCUCCACCUCAGCCGUGCUGAAACCACUUUUUGGCACUGUCGCCGGGAUCGUUGGCAUCUACGUCGCUUUCAUAUCGCUGCUCACAAUCCCGGCGCUGCAGGACCAUGUCAUUUACCUGCAUCGGGUCAAGCUCACAUGGUUUCAAGAUGUGAACGUACCGGAGCAAUGGGGCUUUCUCCGCAACCAAGUCACACCUUUCCAAUUGAAGACGUCGGACGGGGAGACACUGCACGCAUGGCACGUGCUUCCGCUCGAGGUUUACCGUCAGCACCAGAAGGAGCUACAGAAGGAGCCCGUCGGCUUAUGUAAUAACAUCCAAGAGAGACUAUCAUUCAAACUACUCAAGGACGACCCCACGGCACAGAUCGUCAUCUACUUCUAUGGAGCAGCAGGAACCCUCGGAUCAGGCUGGCGGCCUCAGAGUUACCGCGCCAUGUCUGCAGCAGCGCCAAACGUCCACAUUCUCGCAAUCGACUACCGCGGCUUCGGAACCAGCACUGGAUGGCCCUCUGAAGCCGGCCUGCUUACCGACGCACUCACGCUCGUCAAUUUCGCCCUGGAAACAGCAGCAGUUCCGCCAGAACGAAUAGUUCUCUUCGCCCAGUCCCUCGGGACAGCCGUGACCCUUUCACUAGCGCAUAAGCUUGCUCUACAGUCGCCGACCACACUCUUCGCGGGCAUGGUUCUCGUAGCUCCGAUGGCUGAUGUCGAACUUCUGACCGAGACGUAUAAAGUGGCUGGGACGAUCCCGCUCCUAUCGCCGAUCGCGCUCUUUCCUAAGCUUUUGGCCCUUCUCAACCGGUUUAUUAUCAGCAAGUGGCCUUCAAAGGAUAAACUUGCGGCUAUGAUUCGCCACCUGGACUCUAUGGUCCUCGAGAAGCACAAGGCUAAGUACGACAUCACCCUCAUUCAUGCCGAAGACGACUACGACAUCCCUUGGAUACACUCCGAUGUCCUGUUUUGGCACGCUGUGAACGCCAUGGAAGAGCCGAAAGCUGCCCUGGCGUUCGAAGAGCUCGAGGAAGUGAAGAAGGAAAAGAGGGUAGCGCUGGGCGCUGGCGGAUGGGAAAUCGAGUGGAGAGGGAAGAGUGGAGCUGUGAGGGAGCAGGUUGUGAAGCAUGGCUUGCAUGAUCGGAUUAUGAGCUAUCCGGUCGUGAGUUUGGCGGUUGCGAGGGCUUUCCAUGGUUUGGAUGAGGAGACAUGAAUGUCUCUGCAUAGACUUACAGAUCUACCCCACGCCGGGAUCCAUGAAGGAAAGGAGACUUUGACUACAUUCCGGAGAACAUCCACUCUCCGUAGCUGCAGCGAACUUUGUGGUACACUUAGCAUUGCCUUGGAUAGAGAGCGGAUGGUAAAAUCCCAACAUGUCUUACUGCAGGCCAUCGGGAGAGGCUUUGAUAAGCGGAACCGAGGGCGCACCGUCGUUUCUACCGCGACGUGAGACCUCAGAGUGAAGAGUUGCCGCGGUAGCAGUAUUGGCCUGAAGU